UCAGAAGCUGCAAGGAUUUCGUGUCGAUUGGAUGCAUUUUUGUGUUUGUCUGUGAUUAUCAAAUUGUGAAAUUGGCUUUCAAAAGUGAUUUUCUGUGCUAAUUGGUGCUAGAAAAGUGAUAUUUUGUUGGCGUUUGUGAAAAGAUCGUAGUUUUGUAAUGGUUUUGCGAGGAAUAUUAAGAAUUUGUGUCUUUAUUUUCAGACGGGACCAUCCCAGACACGCCAUGAUGCACUUCCGAUUUGAUUCAACAUGGAUGCACCCAUUUUUCUCUGUCGAGUUUUUGCUUUCUUCUCGUUUCAGUCAAUUUAAAAACGCAGUUUUGGAGAACUACUUUUAUAAAAUGGUUCAGAUGCAAGCCUUUAUAAAAAUAAUUGAUUAUUAGGCACAUUUUGAGGAAAAUUUCUUUGUACUAACAUAUCAUUUUUUAUAAUUAAUACAGAAGACACCACCCCAAAAUCGGUGGUCCAUCCACUGUUCGGAGGAGGCGCGUGCCGUUGGCCAGGUUGCGAGAGGAUAUUCGACGAUUUCGACGAAUUCUACAACCACCUUCAGUCGGAUCACAUCAAUGGAGAUUACUCGGCUGCGCAGGCCCGCAUUCAGAUGGAGGUGGUGUGUCAGUUGCACCUGCAGCUGCAGAAGGAGCGCGAUCGUCUGCAGGCGAUGAUUCUGCAUCUGAACAAGAAGAACGAGAUGGCAGCGCGAAUUCCGAUGGCCGGUGCCAGUCCUUUUGUUCCGCAGAUUCCACCCCCGCCGCCUCCGUACGAUCUGAUCGCAGGGCUGCGCUUUCCUCCGGCCGGCCCUGUCACGGAUGGGUCCAUGGUUGAAGCGGCUCUUCAGCUGACUAACAAACAACAGCAGGCGUUGCACCAUCAUCAUCAGCAACAGCAACAGCAACAACAACAUCAGCAGCAACAGCAAGCUGGGCGUUCUGCGAAGGGGUCGAUUCGGGCAAAGUACUUCGGUUCUCCGCAGGAUACGGAUGCUGGAGGUUACAAGGAGGUUCACUUUCCCGAUGUGCAGGACGGUGAGUGUGUUGAUGUUCAGAAGAAUCGCGAGUUCUAUCGCAGUCACGAUGUUCGUCCACCGUUUACCUACGCAUCUUUGAUAAGACAGUCGAUAAUCGAGUCACCAGAGAAACAGCUGACACUGAACGAAAUUUACAACUGGUUUCAGAAUACAUUCUGCUACUUCCGACGAAAUGCAGCGACAUGGAAGAACGCUAUCCGGACGAAUUUGUCGCUGCACAAAUGCUUCGUCCGGUACGAGGACGACUUCGGCUCGUUCUGGAUGGUGGACGACAACGAGUUCCUGAAGCGACGGCACCUGUCGCGGGGCAGGCCUCGCAAGUACGACAUCACGAUGGCCCUGGAUUCGGCCACGGGGAAUCCCGGCGCAGCGGACGGCGGUAAUCCUGAGGGGCCACAGAUGCCGGCAAGAUCGGGAAGUACGCCGCCUCCUUUGAUGGGCCCAGGUGCGCUUUGCUAUGACGACGUUGUCGGUUCGAGUGGCGGCGCUGGCAGCCUGUUGCGAUCGCCGAAGAAAGAGUUCGUCGGCAGACGGUAAUUGAUUGCUUUGACUGAUGGUUUUUUAUUUGGGCUGACUAGAAUGGGUUAUGAAGAAAUUUUUUAGAAGGGGACGUUGGUUACAAUGGUUAUAUUUCAAAAUGAGCGUCAUGGUGCAUAUUGUUAUUCGAUUUCUCGCAUUUAACAGGUUUCACAUUCAAAUUGUUCUUUCACAGGUUAGUGGUCAACGUAAACAACAUUUUUCCUUUCAGGUUCAAAAAAUUGCUUGAAAUAAACAGUCAUAACUCGAUA